AUGACGGAAACAAACCCCUUCCGAUUUCUAGACCUCUCUCCAGAAAUCAGAGAAAAAAUCUAUCUUUUAAUCUGUCACAACCCCCACGAUGCCAUCUCUCUAGACCGGAACUCCUCAAAAACAUACCUUCUGGAUAAGUCAGGUCCAACGAUGUUACCGGAUUUCUACCCCCACGACCUACUGCUAGUAAACACGCAAAUAUACCACGAAAUAAGACCCCUCUUCUUCAACUAUAAUACAUUCUCUCUCAGACUCGUAGGUCGCGAACUAGCAGGAUUCUACGACCCCGAGUUCUUUCUUAAUCGUCUGCAGAUUCGUUCCAUGAAGGUUGUUAUUCAUCGAUGGUAUCAUGUUCGUCAGCUUUUUCCACUGUUGGAAGAUAUGAUAUUGAAGGGGAAGUUAAGAGAGUUGGAGGUUUGGGUUCGAGAAGGGGCUGUGAGGAUGUUGUCGGCUGUAGCGAAAGUUGGCGAUGAUGGUAAAGGGAGGGAGAUGUGGGAUUUUGAGUGCUUGAUGAGGAUACUCAGGGAUCCGGACUUGAGGAAGAGCAGUCUACGAGGGAUUGGGGAGCCGGAGAAGGAUUAUUCGUACUUGAUUUGAUCGUGACUCCCCUUUUGCUGUCGAAUGGUUCCUGCUCUUUUGGGCAAGCGAGCUCGGUCGUCCUGUCGACCCUUCAAAUUCAUUCACGAACCCAUUUUUGAAAUUCAUCACUGCGCCAUUUCAGACAUAGCGGAGAACCCUUCUACAGCCAUGCGCGACCAAGACCUCCAGAGUCGUCGAGCUCCCCGCUACUUCCUGCGGCCUCGUCCAGCACACGCAAAAUAAUUUCUCAACGAGGCUCAAGGACCAAAAUGUUCGUCCAAAAACCAUUCCGCUUUCUCGACCUUCCUCCCGAGAUUCGACGAAUUGUCUAUAUCUCCUUCAUCAACUCCGCUCCAGAGUUCAAGAGAAUUGAUCCGACGGACCUAUCCAUCAUACCAACCUUCUUCAAAGCGUUCCUCCUCACCUGCGCGCAGACGUACCACGAACUCCGUGAAAUCUUGUUUCAUACCCAAUCCGUCCUAUUCGUCGUGCCUUCUUCGAUCGAAAACUACGGCCUCCCGCAUGAAUACUACUUCGGACCAGGCUGUCUUCAGACGCGACUCCAGAUUCAGUCUCUACGUGUCCACAUUAUGCAGCAGAAAUCUAAGAAGCACCGGCGUCCUGGAGCUAAAUCUCAACGCGCUCUUUGCCCCGUGGUGGAGGAGAUGUUGUUACAUGGGGAUUUACACCAGUUGGAGAUACUUUGUGACCAUCCGGCAGUAGGUGCUGAAGCUGUUCAAAGCUGGAGAGCAGUGUGGCGGGCAUGCGAGAAACCAAAGGUGGUCAAUGGAGUGUUGCGUUAUGUCAAAGUUAACUUGCAUCAUCAUCCUUGA